GCCAGACGGCGAUUGCGCCAGCGAACAGACCAGCAGCAUGAUAAACAUCGACAUGACCGACGAUCCGGAAACCGACCAAGAACACCAGAUCUACGCACCGCCUGCACACAUCGCUGCACGAUUCUAUCGCAACCAAUUCACACGGCGCAAGUCCUCGGCAGCGUCUUCGCGAAGGAAUUCCCUUUCAUCUGCACACUCGCAGGCUCAUUCGCACACUUCUGGCCGCUCCUCCAUUCGCCGGAGCUCUACGGGAGGAUGCCAGUCCACAUAUAUCGCUCAGCACCUUCGGCGAGCCUCCAUCAUCGAAUCGCGGAAGGCACGACUAGCGGACCGAGCGGCGCACGCAGAGCAAGUGCGACUGCGAGCCGCUCUGGCCAAGGCUGCGCCCAGAGGCAAGGAAAAUAGCGAAGAACGCGCUCUCGCUGCACAAGCCGCGAAGGAGAAAUUCCUCGCCAAGGUAGCAGCAACAUGUGCAGAGGAAGUAGCGCGUGCGAAGCGCAUUGCAGAGGAGGUGAAGGACCGCAAACUCGCCGAAGAGUCCCGGCUGCGUCUGGAGAUGGAAGAGCGACACGCCGAGGCCGAGAGGAGGCGUGCCGAGUUCCAGAGAAACAUUCAAGCUCGCAGAGCUAGGCGCUCCAGCUCGGAGAAGAAGCUCGCAGUGGUGGAGGAAGUGGCUGAUAUCGAGGAAGAUGCCAUUGUGGUCGAAGAGACGUCUUCUCCGGAAGUAAACCGAAUCGCCGCUGCAAUACGUGCGAUACAGAGUGCCUGGGUCGCUUACAAACAGAGGAAACCAGUCCUCAGAUUUCGAAACCUUGGUGUUACUGCGGAGAGAGCCCGGAGUGUCUCGUUUGAAGACAUGACUGCCUUGGUUGCUAGUCAGGAGGUGAUUGAAGCCACCACAGCUGUCCUGAUGCACCUUGGCCUACAAGAUGCGAAUGAUGGCAACGCCGGGCUCAACACGAGGACAUUUCUUAGCGCCUACAUGAUUGUGGGGCAUCCAGUCUCCGUUCUGUUGAACAAGACUGGCGCUCAAGAGUCGGACUUGAUCCUAAAGGCGUCGGAACUAAUCAACUUGUUCGAAGCGUCAGUCGCCAGGUUGGAUACUUGGAACAACUACACUGCAAACGAAAUGCAACAUGAGACUCUCAACCAGUCUUAUACUUCGUACACUUCGGCGUUUGCUGCGUGGAGGCUCCAAGAUUCCAGUAUUCUGAUCGAAGGCAUGGUUGCCUCCUUCGUUGAACUCGACGCCAUUUGGCAAACUGUGAAGGAUGAUAGUCGUGGCGAGGUGGCGAAUGAUUAUAGAGAAGGUAUCCGUGACAACCAAGUCAUGCUCUUAAGCAGGAUCAGGAAACUCGCAGGCCCCGAUCGGGCGGACUUCUUGAUUAAGAAAGCUAUCAAGGAGAGCCGACGCAGAAGACCUAAGAAGCGACCAGCCGCAGAAGUGAGACCACGAGGUGUCGAACCUUCGUCUGAUGCUUCCGCAUCCCCAGAGCAAGUGGUGGAUGACACCUUUGCACCUACACCCAUUGGCUCUGGUGAGCUCAACAAGCUCUUCACGACCAUGCCGAGCAACAGGGUCUUGACACACGAGCUCGCCAUCGACAAGGAGUACAGGCUCGAAGACAAGAACAGUGACCUGCGAGCACAGAUGUACCGCAGCAUUUGCGAGAGCAUGAAGGCGGGCUUCGCCGCGGGUAAUGCCUCACGUUGGACUCUCUCCGCCGCGGAGAACAUUAAGGAAAAGCUUUUGCGAAUGCUAAAGCCCGGUAUGAACAUGUACAAGAUGAUAUCGGAGGCGCUCGAUCUGGAAAACAUCAGCCGACAGUGCCAGCAGGGUGUAUUUAGCUAUCCAGGUUUCUUUGGGUUUAUGGCGAACGUGCUACCUAAGCUUUGUGCGCCAUUUCGAGACCAAGAGGUCAAGAUUUUGGCAGAUUACUUGCGUACUGAGAACGACGAGCUAGAUGACAUGAUCGAGAAGCUGUUCAAGCUCCUUCGCAUGGUCGACGCUCUCAGCCUGGACUACGUCAACUUCGUCAUCUCGCAGCAAGCCGCUAUUCUAGCGCGAGAGGCCGCUGGCUACGAAGCUCGAAUAUUCCGCCGAGAAUUGGAGUCUCACCACAUUACCCUCACCAACACCAAACGAUGGUGGCACCAAUCGCGGCGCUCUCUGGAAGCCGAGUCCGAUCGUAGAGAUCCCGAGAGCGUUCGCAUGCCAGCAGAUCAAGCUUCGCCGCAGAAGAUAUAUACCAAUGCGCUUGUUCAUCUGACCCUGUCGUCGAACGAGCUCGAUACGAAUGCAUGCCCCGAGACACUUCAUCUUGAUCUGGAGCGACUACAGAAACAGCGAGCGAAGGCAAUCAGGAUUGCAGUGAUCGGUGCAAUUCUUCUGACGACCAAGAACCUGUUGAAGCGCGACGUCCGAAGUCAGUGGAAGAAUGAAGCAGGCAGGCUCUGGGCACUACUUUCAACAGAACCGUAUGAAAGCACGGGUAGCACUGAAGGGCCUACAACAGCACAGAAGGCAUUUUCGAUUCUGGAGACAGCGCAUAACAUGCCUGAAAUGACAAAACGUUCGGUGCAGGGUACGAUAACCCGCUUCUUUGCACAAGCUGCACAAGUCAGCGCGAUUAGUGUUGGACAAAGGUGUGGUAGUGUGAGAUUCUCCGAUCCUGUUUUGAAGGUAUUGUUUCAACGACUGAAGACGCACGUCUUGAGCCGACUUUCGGCUGAAAGUAGUGCUGAGCGAGUGCGGGCUGCCAGUUCCGCUUCGGAGAGAUUGGCUGCCAGUGGAAUGGCGGAGUUUGUGUCUCAGGUUGCUUCUAUUGUUGAUACUUUAGAGAGAGUGACGAGGGUUGAUUGGGAGAGUCAUGGUAGUUGGUACGAGAACAUAGUAGCACAGGGAGUGUGAUUCGCUUACAUGGUCUGCGACAGUAUGAUGAGGAUAUGAGUACAUGAGACCAUUCGGUAGACGGAGUUAUGAACAUAGCUUGGGAUUCGAGAUGUCUUUUUCC